GCCGCUGGGGCCGAGGGGAGGCCAGCUCGCAGCCAUGGCCCUCGCUGUGCGCCCAGUUGCGUGGUAUCGGGGAUGCCCGGAGGGGCUCGAGGGAGGUAGGGUCGCCGCCUUCUCGUGGGUGCCUUUUGCCUUUGGACUCUGUUCCCUGGGGAAACGUUAGUGGAGAUCAGAGCGAGCCACGGUUAGGGGGUACAAGGCGGACCUUUGUGUAGGUGUUGUAUGAACUGCGGGUCCUGGCAUGCCUGGUAUUUAGAGUUGUUACUAAACAGCUGGCCUGUGGAGGAGUUGGCUUUGUUUCUUCUGGGGUAAUGUUAAAAUUUUCAGUGUUCCUCGUGCACCCCCAAGCUGUAAAACUUGGGUGCUCUGUUGAUACCUUCAGUGAGGGUUUUGAUUAGUGUUUUAAGCUCACAACACACGUUUCUCUGGAGCCGAUGUUUUCCUAAAGCUUUGAGCUUAGCUAAAAAAACUACUUUGCUGGAAUGUUUUAAAGGGUUAAAAACCCUUUAGGGUUUGAAAUUGAUUUUAGUUAAUUGAAGGAAAUAUUUCUGGACUCACCAAAGAAAUAACAGGGAUCAUGGAUCAGAACAACAGCUUGCCACCCUAUGCUCAAGGCUUAGCCUCCCCUCAGGGUGCAAUGACUCCAGGAAUUCCAAUUUUUAGCCCAAUGAUGCCAUAUGGCACAGGACUUACACCCCAGCCUGUCCAGAGCACCAACAGUCUGUCCAUCCUGGAGGAACAGCAGCGGCAGCAGCAGCAGCAGCAACAGCAAGCAGCGCAGCAAUCUACGUCACAGCAAGCAACACAGGGAACGUCCGGUCAAACACCUCAGCUCUUCCACUCACAGACUCUUACCACAGCCCCUUUACCGGGAACCACACCUCUGUACCCCUCUCCCAUGACUCCGAUGACUCCAAUAACUCCUGCAACACCAGCAUCCGAGAGCUCUGGGAUAGUGCCACAGCUACAGAAUAUUGUGUCCACGGUUAAUCUUGGUUGCAAGCUUGACCUAAAAACCAUUGCGCUUCGUGCCCGAAAUGCUGAAUAUAACCCCAAGCGUUUUGCUGCUGUUAUUAUGAGAAUAAGAGAACCUCGUACUACUGCACUUAUAUUCAGCUCUGGAAAAAUGGUGUGCACGGGAGCUAAAAGUGAGGAGCAGUCCAGACUGGCAGCAAGGAAGUAUGCUAGAGUUGUCCAGAAGUUGGGUUUUCCAGCAAAAUUUCUGGAUUUUAAAAUUCAGAACAUGGUGGGGAGCUGUGCUAGAGUGACGUCUGUUCAGAUUGUUCCCUUGCACCAGAGGGAAAUCUGCAUCUUUUCCCAUCACUGCCCUUCCUCUGGUCAUGUUUAUACAAUCAGUGUCAUUCUCUUCUCUUGCAGCUAUGAGCCGGAAUUGUUUCCUGGCUUAAUCUACAGAAUGAUCAAGCCAAGAAUUGUGCUACUCAUUUUUGUUUCUGGAAAAGUGGUUUUAACUGGUGCUAAAGUCCGAGCAGAAAUCUAUGAAGCAUUUGAAAACAUCUAUCCAAUUUUAAAGGGAUUUAGAAAAACAACGUAACAGUUUCUAUGAAUUUCAGAGAAAUUGGGGGUACAUUUUAAAAGGUAUUGUGGAUGGCACAGCAGUAACAAGAGAUGGACUUU